AUGCCUGCUGCGGCCCCCAAACCGUCUGCCCGGCUACCCGAGCCCCCACAGGGGUAUCUUGUCCUCAGGACCCCCAAACCCUUAUUUACUCCUUCUUCUCUUGCCGCAGCAGACGUAGACGCAGGUGCAGCAGCAGCAUCUGCAGCAAGUGCAGCAGAUGCAGCAGCAGGAGCAGGAGGAGCAGCAGCAAAUACCCAAGUAGGUGCUGCUCCCCCUGCAGCAGCAGAAGUGGUUGCAUCAACAGCAGCAGCAGCAGUUGCUGCUAGUCUAGGCAGCAGCAGCAUUGCUCCUUGUGAUAGAGAAGACACAGGAGUCGAGCAGGAGCUGCAGCAGCAGCUGCAGGAGCUGCAGCGUCAAGUACAGCAGCAAUUACUGCAGCAGCAACUAGUGCAGCAUCAGCAGCUGCAGCACCAGCUGCUGCUGCAGCAGCAGCAGCAGCACGAUGAUGUUAAUGAUGAUUCAGAGCCUUUAUGCGGUAUAUCUAUAUCUGCUGCUGCAGUAGUUGAUUUGCUGCUGCCUCCUGCUGCAGCAGCAGAACUUAAACCUUUAUCUGUUGCUGAGCAGCUGCAGCAGCAGCUGCUGCUGCCUAAUGAUUCCUUUACCCUGCUGCAGCAUCCAUGGGGGCCAAGAGCAGCAGCAGCAGCAGCAGCGGCAGUAACUGAUGCAGUUAAUGCAGCAAAUGCAGCAGAGGCAGAUGCUCCUGCAGAUACAGCAGCAGCAGCUGCUGCUGCUGAUCCUGCUGCUGCUGCUGCUGACCAGACCUCUCUACCCCAUCAACAAAAGCAGCAGCAGCAACAGCAGCAGCAACAGCAGCAGCAACAGCAGCAGCAGCAGCAGCCACAGCUACAGGUAGUAAGGGGUCUAUGGUAUGUAAAGGGCCCCUCUGAGUUACGAGUAGCAGGUAGGGGCCCCACAUCUUCUGCUGCAGCAGCAACAGCAGCAGCAGCAACAGCAAAAAAAAUUGGUGCUGCUGUUGCUGCUGCUGCUCUCUCUCCUUAUCCGCAUGCAGCAACAAAAGCGUCGCUAAAAGUUGAUCUAUUCGAGGUCUCUUCUUAA